AUGAAUCGGGUGCACCUGGUUACCAUUUACACCCACCCCCCAUUGCUGCCUUUCGGUUGGUUCUUUGGUCCACACCCACCCACUCUCUCAAUUUCUGCAGCUGUUCCCCCUCACCCUAUUCCACCUCCAAGAAGAACAAACAUAUCUGUUUGUCUCUUUAACCCAUUGUUUUCAAGGCUUCUCUCUUUUCCCUUCUUUAUAUUACAAACAGAGACUUGCUGCCACCUCCUCUUGCUUCAUUUUUCUCUUUGCUUCCAUACCCGCCUUCCCCACCCACCUUCCCCACCCACCUUCUGUCAAACCACUAGUUUCUUCUGUCUUGCCACAACACAAGGGUUUAAGGGUAGUCACCAAGAUGCAGGAAGACAGAUAAGCAUUGAUACAUACGUGUUGUGGGCUUUAAAACUUUGUUUAUUAAGUAUGUGUGUGUACACUCCCACAAAAGGUGAUAAUUGUUUGAAUUAA